AUGGCUUCAAUCGAGGACGCCAGACUGCUUGUAGAGAAAAAGGACUACUCCAAUGCCGAAGAUACCUACCUCAAGAUACUGAACGAUACCAAGUCGGGUGGCAAAACGGGGGCCGCAAGCCAAGCUCAGACACAGCUCCAAGAGCGCUGCAUUGUCGAGUUGGGAACUCUCUAUGGGCUCUCAAAACAAUCAGAAAAGCUGGCCAAGUUUAUCCCAGAGGCAAGAGACAUCAUGAUGCAGUAUGCGAAAUCUAAGACCGCUAAAGUGCUCAAGACCCUUAUUGAUCAAUUCGAACACAUCCCAGAUUCGUUAGACACUCAAAUCAGCGUGUGCAUAGAUUGCAUCGAGUUUGCUACUCGUGAGAAACGUGCGUUUUUGAAACACGCCCUGUCGAUCAGACUUGCCACACUGUACCUCUUGAAAGCCCAGUACAACGACUCGCUUCAGCUCAUCAACGAUUUACUUCGAGAAUUCAAAAAGCUCGACGACAAAUCGUCUCUGGUUGACGUUCAUCUAUUGGAGGCCAAGGUCUACCACAAGUUGAGGAACAUGGCCAAGGCCAAGGCUGCGUUGACCAGCGCACGCACAGCUGCAAACUCGAUAUACUGCCCCACUCUGACCGUGGCGGACCUAGAUUUGAUGAGUGGUAUUUUGCACUGUGAGGACAAGGACUACAAGACUGCGUUUUCCUACUUCUACGAAUCCUUUGAAGGCUACCACAACCAGUCGACAAAUUACCAAGAAAAAGCGGCUCAAGUUUUGAACUACAUGUUGCUGUCGAAAAUCAUGUUGAAUCUUAUUGACGAAGUCAACUCGAUUCUAAACGCCAAAUACACAAAAGAAAGCUACCAGUCGCGUGGCAUCGAGGCCAUGAAGGCUGUCGCCGAAGCAUACUCACAAAGAUCUCUACUGCAGUUCAAUGCAGCUCUUAAGAAAUACGAAAAGGAACUGAUGGGCGACUCGCUCAUCAGAUCCCAUUUCAACGCGCUUUACGACACACUUUUGGAAUCGAAUCUAUGCAAGAUCAUCGAGCCAUUUGACUGUGUGGAGUUGCGUCACAUCAGCAAGAUGAUAGAGCUCGACAUCAAUCAAGUGGAGGGCAAACUGUCUCAAAUGAUCCUUGACAAGGUGUUUUACGGAGUUUUGGAUCAAGGCAAUGGAUGGCUGUACAUAUACGACACUCCUCAUCAGGAUGCUACUUACGAUUCUUCGUUGGAGCUUAUCGGUCAACUCAGCAAAGUUGUGGAACAACUAUUCGAGAAGGCUAGUGUUCUUAACUAA